GGCAAGUGGAGGAGGGGCAUGCACUGCUGGUCUAGACUCUGGAGAAGUCUGUAGUUUUGUUGUUGAUGAACUUUCUUCAGGUGUUGCUUUCUUCUGUCCAUUGAUGCACACACAUCACCGUGUUGCAGCCUACCAACUUUAUCCCAUCUUUCGAGGAGAAGUUGGAAAAGAAAGACUUCGAGGAGAAGUUGGAAAAGAAAGACUAAGACAUGUUACUGCUGUUUCUGAUUUCUGCUGUCUUCUUCAUGCCCAGUGCAUUGGGCCAGAGCAGCAGUAGUCUAGGUGUGGUGGUGGAGGCCCGCAACAUCACCCUCCCAGCCGGGACCCAGGCGGUACUGCCCUGCAACAGCCCCCGCAUGGUGUGGACCCGCGACCGGCUGAAGGACCGCCAGAGGGUGGUCCACUGGGACCUGGUCCGAAGCAUACCAGAGUACUCUGUGGAGAGGAUACUGGACAUGUCCCCCGGCGUCAAAGAGAGAGUCUACAAUGGGUUCAACAAGGGCCGCAUAACCAUCCCCAAAACCGCCUUCACUGACGGGAACUUCUCCCUCGUCAUCAACAAUGUGGGAGCAGCUGACCGAGGUGUUUAUAGUUGUAACCUGCACCACCACUACUGCCAGCUGCACCAGUCCAUCAAGAUACAACUCAACACCACCAAGUCAGCCCGUAAGGAGAAGCGGUACUGGGAUGGGGACAAGACAGUGUUUGUGGUGUUGCUGGGGAGCUCAGUGGUGUUGCCGUGUGUGAACCGGCGGCCCCUGUGGACGGAGGGCCUGCAGGAGGACCAGCAGCAGGUAGCCCACUGGGACUGGCAGCCCCCUGGGGUGAGACCUGAUUUGGCUGACCGCCUGGUGGACCUGUACGCCUCCGGAGAGCGCAGACAGUACGGACCACUCUUCCCCGUGGACAAGAUGAGUGUUUCUGAGGAUGCCUUCUCUGUAGGGGACUUCUCUCUGACCAUCGCUAACCUGCAGCCCAUCGACAAGGGCCUGUACUCCUGCCACCUGCACCACCACUACUGUGGACUGCACGAGAGACGCAUCUUCAGGCUCAUGGUGGGGCCUCCACUGCCCCCACCUCCUCCGGUCCUCACUGCUGCUCCUGCUGCCCCAGCUGUCCCCCACGCACUCCCUAAUGACGACCCAAGCCACAACGUGGUUGAACUUGAGAGGCCACGAGUAGUCAACGUCAUCCUCCCUGAGCACCGAGGGCACUUCUUCCAGCAGCUGGGUUACAUCCUGGCUACCUUCUUCCUCCUAGCCUUCAUCGUCACAAUAGUCAUUGUGCUUACCCGACGAUGCAGAAAGAGAGGGCUGGAGUAUGACCUGCGAAGAUCUAAACGGAGGGGUCAUGUGACUGGCCAUGAGGACAUUGCAUUGGACGCCACAGAGCUGAAGGUCUGCAACCAGGAACACCUGAAUUCAGACUACAAAAACAACCUACUGAAAGAGAGAGAUCUGUCCAAAGACUGCAAUAAAGAAAUGGAUGGAAAGUUGUGGAAGUGAGACAGAAAGAGCUGAUAUGCUGCUGGCGGGUCCAGUGCAGACAUACAGGAUAAGGAAGUAAAGGAUUAGAAUGGUGGAAUCCAAAGAGCAGGACAGGAGGGGCUCUUUCUCUUUUUAUAGACACCCCCUUACCAAACUCUCUUACCAAAACGUUUCUAUUGCUGCGUCAGUUAAUGUUUUUAUUUUAUAUUUUCAUAUUCGUAUAGUCUGUAUUCUGAUCUGCUGUGAUUUCAACAUGGCUAAAUAUGUCUUCAAUUUUGUAUUGUAUUACACAGAUAUUUGAUGUCAAGUAUUUUAUAUAACAAAAACACAGUGUACUGUACAACUUUACUUUUUGUAUGUAAGAAAACACUUUCUAUCACUGUAUUCCUUUAAUUCACUCUUCAAGUUUUUCAUUUUCAGAAUGCAUGUUGUCUUUUAAUGUGUGUGGGAAAACUGUCAUGUUCCAUUUCUGAUUUCAGAGCUCAGCAAGCUCAGAACUCGUUGAGUAUGUUUAUUGAAAUAUUUGCACAAACCUUGCUGUAAUUUACUGGUAACACGUUACAUUAAGCCAAUGUAUCCUGUCUGUAAAGGGUCAUAAGUAGUUUAUAGCCAGGCUGUUAAUUAUUCGUUUGUAGAUUGCUUAUAAAUUAGUAAUAAGCCGUUAUAAUAACUGUAUCCUUACCAAGUCCAUUUGUGAUUGAUAAUCAUGGACCACAAAGAAGGCUAUACAUGUAAUAGAACUCAGGAAAACAAGCCUUGAACAGAAUCCAGAUGUGUUUUUUAGGAAUGUAUGUUAGGAUGUGUCUGUUUGUAUGGGACUGAUUGUCUAUUUGUGUAAUGCAGGCUUGCAAUACACUGUCUGUAAAGUUUGGAGCUGCCAAGUUGACAAGCCAAAGAAUCUUGCAAUCAAGGUUAUCAGGAUCCCCUGUAGUAACGGGAACGAAGAGGACUAAGUACGUUUGUAGAAGAUGAUGAUGUCAUAUGUUUCAAUUACUGUAAUUGGAUAAAGGAGUCCUGACAGUUUUCAGUUUGGAUGCUUUACUUACAAGCAAGUUAUCUAUGCAGUAGCAUGCUGGUUCAUUAUCUUCCCUCUAAUAAAGAUGAAUAAAAAAACAA